CGACCCCCGACUCUGUCAGCGCGAGCGAGGAGAAAGCGCAGCUGAGGCGCUCGCCCCGUUCGUCCGUCAUGGCGGUCUGCGCUCGGCUCUGCGGCGUGGGCCCGGCGCGGGGCUGCCGGCGGCGGGGGGCUCAGCGGAAGGGGACGGCGGGGGACAGCAGCGAGCCAGACACGGACCCUGAGGAGGGAGGCGACGGCGGCUGUGGAGAGGCGGCUGCGGAGGACGACGACGCUGCCGAGGAGCGCAUCGAGGGGGCGGCCUUGGCCGAGAGCAGCCCUCGCAGCCGGGCUCCGCUGUCGCUCCUCGACCUCCCACCGGAGCUGCUGGUGCAGAUAUUCGGCUCGUUGCCCGGCACCGACCUGCCCAACCUGGCCCUCGUCUGCAGCGCCUUCAGGCGCAUCCUCCGCACCGACACCAUUUGGCGCCGGAGGUGCAAGGAAGAAUACGGUGUCUGCGAGAACCUGCGAAAGCUGGAGAUCACAGGAGUGUCCUGUCGAGAUGUAUAUGCCAAACGUAUAAACCCACGAGUGAAAUCAGGGCGUUUUAUGAAAAUCCUUCCUGACUACGAGCACAUGGAAUACAGAGAUGUUUACACCUGCCUGCUCCACAGAUACCGGCACAUCUUGGGACUCUGGCAGCCAGACAUCGGACCGUAUGGGGGGCUGUUGAACGUAGUGGUAGAUGGCUUGUUCAUUAUUGGCUGGAUGUACUUGCCCCCACAUGACCCUCAUGUGGAUGAUCCAAUGAGAGUCAAGCCACUCUUCAGGAUCCACUUAAUGGAAAGAAAGAGUGCCACAGUGGAGUGCAUGUAUGGACACAAGGGACCCCACAGUGGGCAUAUUCAGAUUGCGAAAAAGGAUGAGUUUUCAACAAAGUGCAACCAGACGGAUCACCACCGAAUGUCAGGAGGAAGGCAAGAGGAGUUCCGGACAUGGCUGCGAGAGGAGUGGGGGCGGACUCUGGAAGACAUCUUCCAUGAGCACAUGCAAGAGCUCAUCUUGAUGAAGUUCAUCUAUACCAGUCAAUAUGACAACUGCUUGACAUACAGACGCAUCUACCUCCCUCCACGGAGUGCCAUUGAUCUCAUCAAGCCAGGCCUUUUCAAGGGGACAUAUGGGAGCCAUGGUCUUGAAAUAGUCAUGCUCAGCUUCCAUGGAAAAAAGGCCAAAGGAACUAAAAUCACAGGUGACCCUAACAUCCCAGCUGGCCAGCAGACAGUGGAGAUUGACCUGGCGCAUCCCAUCCAGCUGCCUGAUAUUGAAAACCUGAGCAAUUUCAGCGAACUCUCCCGCAUUGUCCAGGAAGUGCAGGAGCAGGUGCAGCGAGAGCAGCAGCAGGAGGAGGAGGAGGAGGGUGGCCUCGAAAAGGAGCAGCCACAGCCAGGCCCCUCUCAGCAGGAGGCAGGCAGAGGAGCAGAAGGCUGUGCAACUGAAGAGGGAGCCGUGGCCCAGGGCUCUCCCCCAGCCUCAUGCCCUUUUGUGCUGCCUGGUGGCAUUGCAUCCAGGAAUGAGGAUUACCCUCGGACCUGCAGAGCAUGUUUCUACGGCACGGGGCUCAUAGCUGGCCAUGGCUUCACCAGUCCUGAGCGAACACCUGGCGUCUUUGUCUUGUUUGAUGACAACCGUUUUGGCUUCAUCUGGCUAGAGCUGCAGUCUUUUAGUCUCUACAGCCGCAUCAAGGACUCCUUCCAGAACGCAGAUGCUCCCUCGCAGGAGGCUUUCGAUGAAAUGUUGAAGAACAUCCAGUUACUUACAUCAUGAUGGCGGCUUCUUCUGGCAGCUGGAAGGGGGAGGGAUUCACGUUUUCCAUCUUGAGGGUCAAAGCACUCAUCCUUGGAGCCAUGAGAACUCGAGACAGCAUGCACUUCUCAAGGAGGCCUUUUUACCAAAAUGAACACACACACACACACACACACACUGCUUAACACACAAAUGAAACUUCCACAGUAUGUUAUGCAUAGUUUGCAACAUAGGUCUGUAUAUUUGGAGGACAGCUGGCCAAGGUAGUAGCAGCUUAGCAUGCUUGCUUUUCCUUUCCUGCCCCCCUGAAGUUUAGUGCUUGAGUGGGGACAAACCAAAGCCAGCACUUUGCAGACAGUGUAAAUAAUUUGUGUGUGUGUGUGUGUGUGUGUGUGUGUGUGUUUUACACAAGCAGCAGCCACUCAGUAUUCUCCCUGAGCCAGGAAGCUGUUCUCCAACACGGCUCUGCAACCCCGGGCUUAUUUUCUGAACAUGCCUCUUUCACUUACGAAUCAUGUUAAAAAUUGUGAUCUGUGGCUAACGGCCAUGAGAUUCAGAUACUAGUAUGCCCCUUUGCUUCUCUCCAGUAAGUUUUCCUUUAAAUGUGAGAUUUCUGACUGGGCAACUCUGUGUGAGUGGGGUAUGCGGGGAAAGGGAGAAAGACCAUGCAACAAACACAGCCUGGUUGCCUCUUUCCUAACCUUUCCACAGGCACCUUUGCAUUCCUUUCUUUUCCACUUGCUGUAGCAGGAAAUUAAGGUAGGCAAAGAGACCUCUGGAGCAGUUGAGUAGGAGGUACCCUUGCUGUAUAUUCUCUUAUUUCCCCCCCCCCCAAUGUCUUUGAGCUCAUCAUGUGACUUGGAUAAGAACUUUACCGCAUUAUGUGGCUGCAGGUUCAGGCCUGUUGAUAUGAUGAUGAUGAUGAUGAUUUAUUUUAUUUCUUGAAAAAUUUAGUUCCACAACACACUAGAUGCUCUCUCCUGUUCUCUCCCUUGCCAUGCUGUUCAGCCGCUGUGCCUCUUGUGUGAGGGUUUGACACUGGUGCCCUGGCCUCCUCCCGCUGCUCAGCAUUUGCUUAAGGAGUAGAUCCUCGGAAAAGCUGCUGGGGUUUUGUUGACAGAAAUCAAGAUGGCUGCCACCUUUGGGCACUUUAAGUGGGUCCUGCCAAGUUCUGGGCUUACUUGGGCCCAAGCCACCUAUUCUUGGGAGUUGUAACGUUUCUCCCUUCAUGCCAUGUAUGCACUACAAAAUGCAACCAAUACCCAGUGCCCUCAUUCCGGUUAGCACCCUCUACAAGCCUUAUGAGAAGCUGUGUGAUUCUCAUGCAAUUCUAGGAUUUGUUCUGUAAUUUCCCUUUACUCUACCUAGGGAUCCUUCAUGGGAGCAACCUCCUUUUAAGCAGCUGGAGCUUGCAAAUAUAUGUCUAAUUUGCAGAAUCUUUGUACUUCUCGCUUUCUUUCUCCUUUGCCCUCUGCCCCACCGUUACAGUUUUGGAAAGCUUUCCAGCUCUUCUUAACACCCAUCCUCUGCAAAAUAUUCAAGUCCUUCAGCCACCUGGAAGGGAAGCUGAGAAAGAAGAAUGACCAACCACCAUAUUCCCAUGAAAUCGCCAUGGAGGGUGUCCAAAACGGACAACUCAGACCUUGAAGGAGCAAUACAUCAACCACUGCACUCUCUUUACCAUACCACAUUUCAUGCAACUUCUUCUGGAGUCCUCUUGGGUAUCUUUGGAAGAUGCGCCAGCAGAAAUCCCUUGGGUAUCCCUAAUCAUAGCAUUACAGAAACUAUAACAUGAACAACAAAAACUAUCUUUCCGUGCCCAUUGUUGAGGUUUAUCCACUGGGAGGGAAGAAUCUGCUCUUUGCUUUUUUGCAGCAUUGUAAUCACUGUAUAUAAUGCAUGUCUAGUUACUGUAGCAUUACAAAGGGAGAAUUGUAAUCUUUCUGUAUGAGCAAGGAGGGUGGUUGGGCAGGUCUAACAUAGCCCUUUCUCGGGGGAGAUGCUUCUUCAUUUCCUACAGCACCAACAGCAAUAAAUCCUUUAUUUGUAGUAUCAGGGUCUCAAAGCUA